GACAAAGAGGGCAGCUUGGCGAUUGUUUACCUUGGUGCCACCUCACCUCACCCUGCCUCAACCCUCGCAACCCUCCAAAACUUCAUCACGUGGACUCUCGCAACCUUCACACACUUGACUCGAGAGAAAAACCAACCACUUGCAACUCCACUUUCUGCCUGCCACUUCAUACUUUCUAUAAUAAUCAGUCUGCUAGAUAUUAAUUUACUAAUUAAUUCUACUGGUCAAAUUUAUACUUAACAAAGGCUUACAACUGACCUAAAUGUAUUCUUUUGUAAAACGUGUAGUUUCUAAAUACUCUUUUUUGUCAUCGAUGAGUAAUAGUUUUGGUGUUCCAGUUAUCCCUCCUUUGCCUUCACUAACCAAGUCUAAUAGAAUUUUCGAAAUAAAAUGCCAUCCUGAAGUGAUUCUGAAGUGAUUAGUAAUUCGUAGUAGUGCUUCGUUACGCUUAUUUUGAUCAUCUAGUGACUCGAUUAACAAUUAAAUAAAAUAUGGAAUAUUUAAAAAAUAUGAUUGAUAAUAGUCUCCAAUUUGCAUCAUCAUCGCAAUCUUCAGAAUCCAGUGGGAGCGGCGGAGGGGAAGAUUCAGGAAAUAAUAACAACGAUGACACGAAGAAGAAGGACGGAAGCCCUCCUUCGAUACGCAGUGAUUCAAGUCCAACAGCGUCAGAAGAAGAUGACUGGAACGGAUCAGAAGAAGAUUGGUUGAUUGAAGAUGAGGAAGACGAGUACACCGUGGAAUUAGAAGUGCCAAAACAAUUUAUUCGCGUGCUAAUUGAUCAGUAUGGAAAUCAACCUGGUGCUGAUUUGUCUCGCUUAGUCGGUCAAGAAAAGACGAUCUCGCUCAAUGCCGAUAGUGCCUUUGAAUUCUUCCGGCGUAUGUACAUUUCUACCAAGAACGACUGUAUUCCAUCGAGAAUGGCUGCAAAAUGUGAUCCCUUUGAAUUGAGCACUGAUGAAGAUGCCUUAAAUACUUGGAACACAUACUUAAAGAAUGUCAAACAAGAAGAGAGUGACAGGGAGUUCGCAAUGCGACUCAAUGACCACCAAGUCGUGGUUAAUGGCAAGACAGCUAGUGCCUUCAAAGAUAUUUUGGAAACGGAAAAGGAAAAAGCUGCCUUGGAAUUAAAGGCGUAUAAAGAGUUGACAAGCGUUAAGUGGACCAUGGCGCAGAACAUUAAGUGUUCUCAGUUAAAAUCCCUUUUUCCAGCCUUGCAACCCAAUUUAGUACAAGAAGUUUAUGUCCAGAAUAGAUUUGACUAUGAUAAGUCAUUGGCGUCAUUGAAAGACGUUUACCCAUCAAAAUUUGUCGAUAAACCGAAAGAUUCCCCACGAGCGAGGCACCGGACGGAGUCAGGAAAUGGUUGGUUCUACGAACCAGAAGUUGUUGCUCAUAUGCCAAAAUCAGAGAAAAGUAGCUAUUUAGAGCAAGCUCGCUUGUGGCGUGAGGAAGUUAUAGGUUAUGAAGACUUGUUUAAGAAGAAUAAGACUGAAGCCCUCGAGCAUCAGCGAUCUACACAUGGUUCGUACAACUAUAAACUUGCAGAGGCGAGUCGUUAUAACAACUUGAUGAAUGAUGCCCUUGAUCAGUUCUGUUAUUUUAAUCUGCUUGGUCUUAAUGGCGGGAAUAAUAAUCCAAAUAAGAUUGACCUGCACGGUAUGCGGGUUAGCAGAGCCGUCGAAGCUGUAAAAAAGUUCUUGGAGAAUCGAAAGGCCAUGAUCAACUUGUCAAAUGGUGAAACAUGCGAAGUUAUCAUAAUAACUGGGUCCGGGAAACAUUCCCUGAAUAAUGUAGCUCGUCUAUAUCCUGCAGUGAAGACCUACUUAACGAACAAAAAAUACGAAUACUCUGAAGGAUAUGGAGAUGGCAGCUUUGCUGUUAGGUUAAUGAAAAUGAAUGCCAUGAAUUGAUCAAUGGAAGCAGGUAGAUCAGGAAAACCGCAAUUUUACAGCCGCAAACAAUAGCUGAAACGGCGAGGUCGGUAUUUUUUAAGUUAUGUAUUAUGUUCCGCAUAUAUCUGAUUCAAGACAAGACCUUUAGUGGACCAAGUAAAAAACCCUUAUAAGUUAAUCAUCUCAUCUUAUAAAAUAUAAGUCAAUAAAAAUCGAAGGAAAACAUAAGUACAAAAGACAAAGGACUGUGAUGAUAAAAAUUCCUUUUGCCAGAAUUAAAAUGGAUAUUUCCACAUUGCAAACUUCGAUACUUGAUUUAUUUUUAUACAUUUGGUAAUACCUUCCAAUAAUUAUACUAAUAAAGAUUAUGUAUGAACUCGCCUUUUUUUACACUAUAAUAAGUUAUUACGCGUAAAAAAAUAAUUGAUAUAACUGGUGGUGCACGCCUAGUCAAUUUUAGGUAUAUUGUAACCUGUAGUACCGUCAAAGAUAAGACUACAAUAAAAUACUGAAAAUUUUACAAAUGUUGA